CAAAAAUAGAUCCGUGCAUUUAUUAUUCUGUAAAUGAAUCUAAAAUGAUUUUUAUUGCAGUUUGGGUGGAUGAUCUCAUGAUUUUUGCGAAUGACAAGAUUGUUGCCACAGAUAUCAAAACAAAACUGAAGGAAGAAUUUUGUAUGAAAGAUAUGGGUGAGAUACAGCAGUGCAUUGGCAUAAAUGUUAACAUAUGUCGUGAGACAGGUGAGAUCAUGUUGGACCAAGAGAAAUAUAUAAACCAGGUAUUGGAACGGUUUGGCAUGUCUGAGUGCAAACCAGUGCGCACUCCAAUAGAAGUGAAUAUGAAAUUUGAUAAGAAACCUGAAAAUGAAGAUAGUAAUUUCCCAUACAGGGAAGCGGUGGGUUGUCUGAUGUACUUAUCACAAGUGACACGGCCUGACAUUAUGUAUGCUGUGAACAAGUUGAGUCAGUUCUGUAAUGAACCAGGGAUUCAACACUGGCUUGGAGUUAAAAGGGUUAUGAGAUACCUACAGGGGACCAAAAGCUUGAAGCUAUGUUAUGGUACGUUUACACGCUUGCCAAGCCUUGGCAAGCCCCGACAAUCACAAGCGUGUAAAGAAGGCGUUUGGCUUGGCUUGCGUGAGCUUGUGGGCGCUUGCUUCCGAUCCAGUCGAGUGUCGGUUUUUUGACGCAGAUCAAAGGGCGUUUGCGGCAAGCGCUUGGGACGCAUUUACACGUUGGUCCACGUUCAGUGGGCAUUGUGAUCUCGCGGCGAGUACACGCUUGUACGGACAAAAUAAAAAAUGAGUAGCUGGUCAAAUGACGAGUGUCUUUCCUUCCUCGAGCAUUACCAGAUGGAAUCCUGCAUCUGGAAUCCGAAAGAUGCAAAUCACAAAGAUAAGAAGAAACAAGCAGAUGCAUGGAUUCGUCUCGCUCAACUUACCGGAAGGCCAGUGAAGGAAGUAAAAAAUAAAAAAGAGAUAUUGAUGACUACUUUUCGCAAGCACUUAAAAAAGAAACAGGAAUCUAUGCGUUCUGGCGCAGGUGCCGAUGAAAUAUACAAUCCCACUUGGUAUGCCUACGAAAUCAUGGAGUCAUUCUUACUGCAAGUAUAUACUUGUAAUGAAGGGUUAAACACCGAAACUCAAUCACAACAAAUAGAAGAAAUUACAGAUCAGACAGAGGAUGAUCCUCUGAUAAGAGACCGCACCAGUACGGCUACCACACCAUCCAGACCACCAUCUAGAUCACCAUCCAUACAGGCAGUUAAUAAACGUCGCCGCCUUGCUUCUGAUUCUGAAACGGCUGAAAAGCAAAUGGCCGUGGCUUUUGGUCAAUUAACGAAUGUUUUAAGUCAAAAACAGAAUGAAAAUAGACCUCCUUACAAAGAAGAUGAUUGCGAUCUAUAUGCUAAAUUAUUGGCUAUAAAGCUACGUGAACUGCCAAAUGAUGAACGAAAAAUUAUGAUGUACCAAAUAGAUGGGUUGUUUAUAAACAGAAUCAGUCAAAAAUCAAAUGAGCGUCAUACACCAUACCCUCAAUAUUAUUCUCGACCUUCCUCAAUUGCUGGUUCAUAUUCACGCCAUACACCAUCUCCUCAAGUCAUUCAGAGUCGGCCAACAUCAGUUAAUAGCGUUUAUUCUGAACCUAUACAUAACACUCAAAGUUUUUUUCCCUCUCCAUACACAGAAACCUCUCAUUCAGUGCCAAACACAACAGAACAUAUACCAACUCCAAUACCUCCAGCUCCAUCUACAUAUUCUACAUCAACAGCACCCCUGUCAUCUAUUCGUAUAAUAUCGGACCAAAUCCUCAACCCACCCCCGCGAGACACCAACAUUAUAAACUUAGCUUUAUUGAAUGCUUUCGAAGAUUUUGAGUCGUCAAAAUAAUUCUUAUUUAAGGUUAAAUAUAAAGUUAAAUAAUUAAGCUGUAAAAAAGUUUCCUAUGAAUCAAUUAAAACCUAAACAAAUGUAUAACAA